CGCCCAAUCCCAUUUGAUUUGUUUACAUUUUUGUUUUAUUGCCGACGAUCGGCAUCGGAGUUUAAAUAAUGUUUAAAUGAAAUUUAAUAUUUCUGAUUAUUUGUGUAGUCACUGACGGCUAAUGAAAUUAAAUAUUUUCAACACACGCCCGGCUUUCUGGAAUGUCUGGAUUGGAUUUGAGUGCUAAAUUCGGACGGACUGUGCCUGAUGGGAGAUCUCUGGAUCCUGGAUUGUUUGCUGAUGGCUCUCCCGCAGGAGGUGAAAUAGUGGAAAUAGUCGGCGAUUCGAAUUGCGGCAAAUCAUGCCUUAUUUUGGAACUGAUUGCCAAGAUAAUUCUUCCAGUGAACUGUGGAGGUCAUGCCGCUGGAGCCGUGUUUGUUAAUUGUGACAACAAUAUCAAUCUAGUUUAUUUGUUAAACAUAAUGGAAAAGCAGAUUGUUAAUUGUACGAUUCCUGCCAACAAAACUAUCGAUCGGAUCGAGAUCGAACGUAUUCGUCAAGAGUCCUUUUCCAGACUAACCAUGAUCAAAUGCUGCACGAUGGAUGAAUUUGAAUUCUCUUUUCUUACAUUGAACGAGCUGUUCGCAGAGAACCAUCUGAAUAAAUAUCUGUUGAUCGAUUCUGUUGUAGCAUUUUAUUGGAGCAAAUGUACCGAAACAAAUCUAAUUCGAAUGGAUACGUACAUUAAGCUAUUGUACAGGAGACUUAGGCGGCUUUGUCGAGACCGAAAUAUUGCAGCUAUUUGUACAAGGCCGUUACAUUUCGUUAGUGGCAAUCGAGAGUCUGUAACAACCGAGUUCGAUGAUUCUGCUGAAGUAAAUAGUUUGAGCUCUAUCACUAGAAGCAUGAGCUCAACAAAUAAAAUCAACAACACUUCCAUCGAACACCGAAUCGAGCUUGCUGAAGUUGUGUCGCUAACUCCAAACGACGAUGUUAAGUUUAACGCCUUUGUUACGUCUAAUGGUAAGCAAAUGAUAAAGUUCUUUGCGAUUGACAAAUAUGGAAUAAAUUGGUUAAACUAA